AUGCCAGAAAAUGAAUUUCAAGUAACCAUUGAUUCAAUAUCAGAACAAAUAGUUAGAAAUUUGUUACAUUCAAUAAUCCAAGAUAUUGUAUCAAGAGAAACUGUUAGACAAAGACAAUUACAUGAUAGAUAUCCCGAUUUUAAACCUUACUAUUAUGACCCAGAUGGAAUACUAGAUAUUAAUGGAUUACCAAAACAACAAGAGUCGUCACAAUAUUUUCUUUGCCAAAACUGUAAAAGAGAGAUAUCCGCCAAUAGAUUUGCUGCUCAUUUACAAAGAUGUUUAAAUAGAGGUCCACGAAGAUAA